AUGCUGCUGCGCUCGGCCUCCCAGGUCUUCGGCUCCAAGCACCCUGCGCUCUCCAGCUCGUCUUCUACACGUGAGAAUGACGACCAGGGCCCUGCUCCGUGGAUGUGGUGGGGUAGAGCAUCAGCUGCCGCGACAGAACAACCUCGGACACCAGAGACCAUAACCUUCCCAGAAUCCAGUACCCCCACGACCGCGACCGCGACCACGACAACCGCCAUUCUCCCUCCGUCCGCCGCAGACCACCUGCACUUCCAACCCCCCGAGCCGUACUUCCAACCCCCAGCCUCAGCAACAAUGCCGAUGCCGACGCCGACGCAACAAGCGCUGUUCCAAAAAACCCAAACCGCCCAAACAACGCCCACGCCCACAACCCCAGCCCUCGCAGACUUCCAAGCCAUAUGGGCGCAACAGCAACAGAAGCAACACGAAAACCAGCAGACCGCGCGCGACACCUCGAAUCUCCACCCCGUCUUCUUCACCGCGCGCCUGCAAAAGUCGCCGUUCGUGCUCGACGCCGCGGCGGUCGCGAGCCCGGUCGCGCACGGGUAUGUCUACCACGAGAGCCAGCGGAGGGCGGAUGGGGCUAUACCGGCUAUGUUGUGA